GGGCGCAGCGCAUAACCAAUCUCGUUGGCGAUACUGGCGGGACCAAGCCGGAGAAGAGCAGCUCAAUAUGGAAGACCUCGCUUCUCUCGGGAAGAACGACAAGUGGUGGGGCACGGAGCGGGAACACUUGACGCACUGCGCGUGGAUGCUGGUUCGAAAGGCGCGCGCAAUUGCCGAUGGUGGCAGGGUGGAUAAGCUGACGGCGGACUUUGAUCACUCCAAGCAUUGUACCAUGCUUCUGCUGUGGAGGGCGAUGCAGGCUGAGGGGAUUGACCAGAUGGAUACGAGCGGGAACGUGGUGUUUGGAGGAUGCUGAUGUUUGUUUUCGGGGGGCU